AUGAAUCAUCAAGCGUUUGACAGCGAGAUUGACGGUAAGUAAUUGGUUGUAACAAGAGUUAUUUGAAAACAGUGAUGCCUCAUUGCUUUGAGUUAAUGUAAUUUAAUUUAUUCCACUUUCACUGCAAAAAGAAAACUUAGCUAAAUUACAUAAGAGAACAAUUAACUACGUACUAGGAAAAACUAUUGCAGUGGGGUAGGACUAGAAGGGAACAUAAGAACCAUUCGAGCUAGUCCACCCAAAAACUACAACAGACACUUAGAUAAAGAAAAAGAAAAAGAAAAAGAAAACAUUAAAAUUAUAUCUUAAAUGUAAAAAACUAUAAUUGAUAAUAUGUCAUAUCCUAGAUUAAUCUAAUCAGAAAAUAAUUGUCACAUCGAUUACUACAUCCAAGUGGCAUGCGGGUAGUCAGGGUCGAAGCUCUUCUUUGUUUUUCAAAUAAUGAUAGGCUUAAAUUAGAGGUCCUGAGUUUAUCAGGCGGGUUGUUCCAUAAAUAUGGUAAUCUAUUGAAAAAGUGCCUUUGAAUAAUUCGGUGCUGACGUUGUUGAUCUUUAACUUAUUACUAGAAUAUGACCUUAAUCUUUUAUCUGUGAAAAAGUCAAAAUAUCUUUCAACUGAAUAGGUAUAGUAACCACACUUCAGUUUAUAAAUGUUGUUAUGUCUUUAACGUCUCUUUGGUACACCAAUGGGAGAAGAUUGAGCUGCUGAAGGCGUUCAUUGAACUAGAUAGGAGAAGACGCGUAGCACGUCGUUGGACACCCUCAAUAAGCUUUAAAGAGAUAACCACCUCGCCCAUAGUAAGUGUUAAAGACUAUGCGGAAAAUUCAACGGUAGCGAACUGUCUUGAAGGGUGGUGAGCUAAAAUAGACGAGACUGAAGGGAUAACCACCUCGCCCCAUUGGCUGUUACAAAGACUAGUGGGAAUAUGCAACGGGGGCGAACUGUCUUGAAGGGUGGUGAGCUAAAAUAGACGAGACUGAAGGGAUAACCACCUCGCCCCAUUGGCUGUUACAAAGACUAGUGGGAAUAUGCAACGGGGCGAACUGUCUUGAAGAGUGGUGAGCUAAAAUAAACGAGACUGAAGGAAUAACCACUUCGCCCCAUGGGCUGUUGUAAAACGAGUAGGAAACAUAAGUUGGGGCGAACUGUCUUGAAGGGGUGGUGACAUCAACUUUGCGUUAAAUUUUGUUUUCUAGGUCUUUUGGAAGAAGACAAUGAUGUCCUGUUAGCCGCAGCCCGUAGACUCGACCAAAGGGGAGGGAAUCCCAUCUUCCGUGCCAUAUUUACAGCGGCGGGAAGAAAUCGUUCGUUUCGUGGGGUGGUGCAACAAAAUAAAUACAGGCUCACCUUCCAACAGCUGAGACCCGCAGACGAACAUGAACCCCUGGGAGAAGCCCUCACGGAAGCCAUACGUCAGGGGUUAGAACAAGUCGUCCAAGCAGAAAACAUAAACCCAGCUCAGUAUUCUCUACUUUUGGCCAUUCAUUCGAAUUCCUUUACAAACAGCUGGGCACAGUCCGCACGCCAUGUUCCUUUAAAUGAGUGGCUGCACAAUCAAGAGUAUGCACGCAGCUAUUUAGAGCAGUUAGCCCGCAGAUUAAAUUCAGCCCAAGUUGUGGACCCCGAGAGGGAUGGGUUCUUUGUGGAACUGACGUUCGUGAAAACGUUUGGACGUGGAGGAAAAAAUGGAGGAAAAAAGGGAAAUCCAGGAAAAAUGGCAUGGGAGAAAAUGGCGAAAAAGAAAAAAUGUGUGAUACAAAUCAAAAACAAAGACGACCUCUGUUUGGCAAGAGGUAUUGUCACCAUGAAAGAAAGAGCGGAUGAGGUGUCCCAUUACCAUAAUCUGAGACAAGGAAAACCCAUUCAAGAA